AUGUCUAAAACGGUUGGAGAUAGUAGCAUGAAUGAUGCGAAUAAGUUUACUGCUUUAGUUGUAGACGAUAACGUUGUCAUUAGAAUGAUUGAACAAAUGUUGCUUAACAAGAAAGGGUUCAAAACUAAGGUCGUGAAAAAUGGUCAAGAGGCCGUGAACAUUUUCAGUGAAGGCAAUUCUUUUGAUGUUAUUAUCAUGGAUAUGGAAAUGCCGAUUAUGGAUGGGAUUCAGGCAACUAAAGAGUUACGAGCUAUGGGUGUUAAGUGCUUAAUAUUUGGCGUGACGAGUUCUGAAUCAAAGUCUGACAUUCAAUCAUUUGUAGAAGCCGGUUUAGAUGAAUACUUUCCAAAACCACUGGAUUUUGUGAAGAUUGAUAACAUACUCAAGCACCUCGAAAAGUGAUACUAAUAGAAAUUUGGCACAACAAAAUGAAAUAAGUAAACUAUGUUUAUAGUAUUUAAUACUUAAAUAUUGUACUCCUGGUUUAGAUAUGUUGUUUCGUGUUUUUUUUUAUUUUUUUAUUUUUAAAGUUUUCAAUCAACACAUUUAUGAUUAAUCUAUACAAAACUUCAUAUAGUGAAGAGUACAUAUGAUUAAACCUAUCAAAAUCGCACAUAAUGAUAUUUUGCUUCUUAUACAUUAAAUAGAAUAUACGAUCAAAGAUUUAGCUCUAACCGAUAAGUUAUUUUUAAACGCAUGAA